AUGGAAGAAAAAUGGCAAACUGCGAUAGAAUUAUUGGAAAAGAUUAAUAAUGGCGAGGUUCAAACAACAGAAAAACAAAAGAAAAAGCUAGAAUCACUCAUUGAAGGUCAUAACGCACAAGUUGAAGCAGAUCUGGAACUUAAAAAAGGAAUGGUUGGACUUCUUUACGAAAAAUACAUUUAUUCCAAUAAGAUUUGCCUUUUAGAAAAACUUGGAGUCAGGAAUAAAUGGAGACAUCCUCUUUUAGCCGAAAUUCGCGAAAUAUUAUUCGAAGAAAAUGAGUUAUUCGAAAUAACAGACUUCAUGGUAUCUCAAGAGUGA